AUGACUAGCAGGUUCACGCAUCUGACUGCCAGCGGCAACAACGUCGUCCGCCAUCGCAAGAUGCUCGGUUUCGGACCAGUGCUGCCGCAUUCCAUCUACCGCAGGGAACCUCUCGCUACUCACUCUCCAGCCUCCUCGCGCUUCGUCGAGGACCUCACCCUCGAUACUGCUGCGGCCAGCUCCUUUGUCAUUCGCAAGGACUCGUCCACCGACAAGAACACCGGUGUCACCCACGUGUACGUUUCCGUCAAGGCCAGGCUCACGUUCGUGCAGGUCCCUCAAAGUGAAUCCACUGCAUACACUUGGAACAUGGUCGAUUCACUUGGAACAUGGUCAUCUGCAUCGUGGAAGAGAAGGGAUGGAAGACGAGGUAUUGGGUGGGUGGAAUCCCAUAUCGUCUGGAUCUGCCGAAAUGGGCCGUGA